ACUGAGCCCGGGGCGCGGUGAGAGGCGGCGGGAGCCGGCGGCCGCUCGGCAUCAUGCGGCGAGGGGGGCUGCUGGAGGUCGCCCUGGGAUUUACCGUGCUCUUAGCGUCUUACACGAGCCAUGGGGCGGACGCCAAUUUGGAGGCUGGGAACGUGAAGGAAACCAGAGCCAGCCGGGCCAAGAGAAGAGGCGGCGGAGGACACGACGCGCUUAAAGGACCCAAUGUCUGUGGAUCACGUUAUAAUGCUUACUGUUGCCCUGGAUGGAAAACCUUACCCGGUGGAAAUCAGUGUAUUGUCCCCAUUUGCCGGCAUUCCUGUGGGGAUGGAUUUUGUUCUAGGCCAAAUAUGUGCACUUGCCCAUCUGGUCAGAUAGCUCCUUCCUGUGGCUCCAGAUCCAUCCAGCACUGUAAUAUUCGCUGCAUGAAUGGAGGUAGCUGCAGUGAUGAUCACUGUCUGUGCCAGAAGGGAUACAUAGGGACCCACUGCGGACAGCCUGUCUGUGAAAGCGGCUGCCUCAACGGAGGCAGGUGUGUGGCCCCAAAUCGAUGCGCGUGCACGUACGGCUUUACUGGACCCCAGUGUGAACGAGAUUACAGGACAGGUCCGUGUUUUACUGUGAUCAGCAACCAGAUGUGCCAGGGACAGCUCAGCGGGAUCGUCUGCACAAAGACGCUGUGCUGUGCCACUGUCGGCCGCGCCUGGGGCCACCCCUGUGAGAUGUGCCCGGCCCAGCCCCACCCCUGUCGCCGCGGCUUCAUCCCAAAUGUCCGCACAGGAGCUUGUCAAGAUGUGGAUGAAUGCCAGGCCAUCCCUGGGCUCUGUCAAGGAGGAAAUUGCAUUAAUACUGUUGGGUCUUUUGAGUGCAAAUGCCCUGCUGGACACAAAUUUAAUGAAGUGACACAAAAAUGUGAAGAUAUUGACGAAUGCAGCACUAUUCCUGGAAUCUGUGAUGGGGGCGAAUGCACAAACACAGUCAGCAGUUACUUUUGCAAAUGCCCCCCUGGCUUUUAUACCUCUCCUGAUGGUACCAGAUGCAUAGAUGUUCGCCCAGGAUACUGUUACACGGCCCUGGCAAACGGGCGCUGUUCUAACCAGCUGCCGCAGUCCAUAACCAAGAUGCAGUGCUGCUGCGACGUCGGUCGGUGCUGGUCUCCAGGGGUCACCAUCGCCCCCGAGAUGUGUCCCAUCAGAGCGACUGAGGAUUUCAACAAGCUGUGCUCCGUUCCUGUGGUCAUUCCCGAGAGACCGGGAUAUCCUCCCCCACCCCUUGGCCCCAUUCCUCCAGUUCACCCUGUUCCUCCUGGCUUUCCUCCUGGACCUCAAAUUACAGUCCCUCGACCACCAGUGGAGUAUCCAUAUCCAUCUCGGGAGCCACCAAGGGUGCUGCCAGUCAACAUCACUGAUUACUGCCAGCUAUUCCGCUAUCUCUGUCAGAAUGGACGCUGCAUUCCAACCCCUGGGAGCUACCGGUGUGAGUGCAACAAAGGAUUCCAGCUGGACCUCCGUGGGGAGUGCAUUGAUGUUGACGAAUGUGAGAAGAACCCUUGUGCUGGUGGAGAGUGUAUUAAUAACCAGGGCUCCUACACCUGUCAGUGCCGCCCGGGCUAUCAGAGCACGCUCACCCGCACGGAGUGCCGAGACAUUGAUGAGUGUUUACAGAAUGGCCGGAUCUGCAAUAAUGGACGUUGCAUCAACACAGACGGCAGUUUCCACUGUGUGUGCAAUGCGGGAUUUCAUGUCACGCGAGAUGGGAAGAACUGUGAAGAUAUGGAUGAAUGCAGCAUAAGGAACAUGUGCCUUAAUGGGAUGUGUAUCAAUGAAGAUGGCAGUUUUAAAUGUAUUUGCAAACCUGGAUUUCAGCUGGCAUCAGAUGGGCGUUAUUGUAAAGAUAUUAAUGAGUGUGAAACGCCUGGGAUCUGCAUGAAUGGGCGCUGUGUCAACACUGAUGGCUCCUACAGAUGUGAAUGCUUUCCUGGACUGGCCGUAGGCCUGGAUGGACGCGUGUGUGUCGACACACACAUGCGGAGCACAUGCUAUGGUGGAUACAAGAGAGGCCAGUGUGUCAAGCCCUUGUUUGGUGCUGUUACCAAAUCUGAAUGCUGCUGCGCCAGCACUGAAUAUGCCUUUGGGGAGCCUUGCCAGCCGUGUCCUUCACAGAAUUCAGCGGAGUACCAGGCGCUCUGCAGCAGUGGGCCGGGAAUAACGUCGGCAGGCAGUGAUAUAAAUGAAUGUGCAUUAGAUCCUGAUAUUUGCCCAAAUGGAAUUUGUGAAAAUCUCCGUGGGACCUACAAAUGUAUAUGCAAUUCAGGAUAUGAAGUGGACUCGACUGGGAAGAACUGUGUUGAUAUUAAUGAAUGUGUACUGAAUAGUCUACUUUGUGACAAUGGACAAUGUAGAAACACUCCGGGAAGUUUUGUCUGUACCUGCCCCAAGGGAUUUAUAUACAAACCUGACCUAAAAACCUGUGAAGACAUCGAUGAAUGUGAAUCAAGUCCUUGCAUUAAUGGAGUCUGCAAGAACAGCCCAGGCUCUUUUAUUUGUGAGUGUUCUUCUGAAAGCACUUUGGAUCCAACAAAAACCAUCUGCAUAGAAACCAUCAAGGGCACGUGCUGGCAGACCAUCAUCAAUGGGCGGUGUGAGAUCAACAUCAAUGGAGCCACGCUGAAGUCCCAGUGCUGUUCCUCCCUCGGUGCUGCCUGGGGGAGCCCGUGUACCCCGUGCCAACUCGAUCCCAUAUGCGGUAAAGGCUAUUCACGAAUUAAAGGAACACAGUGUGAAGAUAUAGAUGAAUGUGAAGUGUUCCCGGGAGUAUGCAAAAAUGGCUUAUGUGUUAACUCUAAGGGAUCAUUUAAAUGUCAGUGUCCCAGUGGGAUGACUUUGGAUGCCACAGGGAGGAUCUGCCUAGAUAUCCGCCUGGAGACCUGCUUCCUGAGGUACGAGGACGAGGAGUGCACCCUGCCCGUGGUCGGCCGCCACCGCAUGGACGCCUGCUGCUGCUCCGUUGGGGCCGCCUGGGGCACCGAUGAGUGUGAGGAGUGCCCCGUGAAAAACACCCCUGAGUACGACGAGCUGUGCCCCAGAGGAUCCGGCUUCGCCACCAAAGAAAUUACAAAUGGAAAACCUUUCUUCAAAGAUAUCAACGAGUGCAAGAUGAUCCCCAACCUCUGCACCCAUGGCAAGUGCAGAAACACCAUCGGCAGCUUCAAGUGCAGGUGUGACAGUGGCUUUGCUCUGGAUUCUGAAGAGAGGAACUGCACAGACAUUGAUGAAUGCCGCAUAUCUCCCGACCUCUGCGGCCGAGGCCAGUGCGUGAACACCCCAGGGGACUUUGAAUGCAAGUGCGAUGAAGGCUAUGAAAGCGGAUUCAUGAUGAUGAAGAACUGCAUGGAUAUCGAUGAGUGUCAGAGAGACCCUCUGCUGUGCCGAGGAGGCGUUUGCCUAAACACUGAGGGAAGUUACCGCUGUGAAUGUCCUUCUGGUCAUCAGCUGUCCCCCAACAUCUCAGCGUGUAUAGACAUCAACGAGUGCGAGCUGAGCGCGCACCUCUGCCCGCACGGCCGCUGCGUCAACCUCAUCGGGAAGUACCAGUGCGCCUGCAACCCCGGCUACCACUCCACCCCGGACAGGCUCUUCUGUGUUGACAUUGAUGAAUGCAGCAUCAUGAACGGUGGUUGUGAGACCUUCUGCACAAACUCUGAAGGCAGCUAUGAAUGUAGCUGUCAGCCGGGAUUCGCACUUAUGCCUGACCAGAGGUCAUGCACUGACAUUGAUGAGUGUGAAGAUAACCCCAACAUCUGUGAUGGCGGUCAGUGUACAAACAUACCUGGAGAGUACAGGUGCUUGUGUUACGAUGGCUUCAUGGCAUCUGAAGACAUGAAGACUUGUGUAGAUGUCAAUGAAUGUGACCUGAAUCCAAAUAUCUGCCUGAGUGGAACCUGUGAAAACACUAAAGGCUCAUUUAUCUGCCACUGUGAAAUGGGAUAUUCCGGCAAAAAAGGGAAAACCGGCUGCACAGACAUCAAUGAGUGUGAAAUUGGAGCACACAACUGCCACAGACAUGCUGUAUGUACCAACACGGCAGGAAGCUUCAAAUGUAGCUGCAGCCCCGGGUGGAUCGGAGAUGGCAUUAAGUGCACCGAUCUGGACGAAUGCUCCAAUGGAACCCACAUGUGCAGCCAACAUGCAGACUGCAAGAACACCAUGGGCUCCUACCGCUGCCUCUGUAAGGAGGGCUACACGGGCGAUGGCUUCACUUGUACAGAUCUUGAUGAGUGCUCCGAGAAUCUGAAUCUGUGUGGCAACGGCCAGUGCCUGAACGCCCCGGGAGGAUACCGCUGUGAAUGCGACAUGGGCUUUGUGCCCAGUGCUGACGGCAAAGCCUGUGAAGAUAUCGAUGAGUGCUCUCUUCCGAACAUCUGUGUUUUCGGAACUUGCCACAACCUCCCCGGCCUGUUCCGCUGUGAGUGUGAGAUAGGCUACGAGCUGGACAGAAGCGGCGGGAACUGCACAGACGUUAACGAAUGUCUGGAUCCAACCACGUGUAUCAGUGGGAACUGUGUCAACACUCCAGGCAGCUAUACCUGUGACUGUCCCCCCGAUUUUGAGCUGAAUCCAACUCGAGUUGGCUGUGUUGACACCCGCUCAGGAAAUUGCUAUUUGGAUGUUCGACCUCGAGGAGACAAUGGGGAUACAGCCUGUAGCAAUGAAAUUGGAGUUGGUGUUUCCAAAGCGUCCUGCUGCUGUUCUCUGGGUAAAGCCUGGGGUACUCCCUGUGAGCUGUGCCCUCCUGUGAACACAACUGAGUACAAAAUUCUUUGUCCUGGAGGAGAAGGCUUUCGACCCAACCCGAUCACUGUUAUUCUGGAAGAUAUUGACGAGUGCCAGGAGCUCCCAGGGUUGUGCCAGGGCGGGAAAUGCAUCAACACCUUUGGCAGUUUCCAGUGCCGCUGUCCAACGGGCUACUAUCUGAAUGAAGAUACCCGAGUGUGCGAUGAUGUGAAUGAAUGUGAAACUCCAGGAAUCUGUGGUCCAGGGACAUGUUACAACACCGUUGGCAACUACACCUGUAUUUGCCCUCCGGACUACAUGCAAGUGAACGGGGGCAAUAACUGCAUGGAUAUGAGGAGGAGUUUGUGCUACAGGAACUAUUACGCUGACAACCAGACCUGCGAUGGGGAGCUGUUGUUCAACAUGACCAAGAAGAUGUGCUGUUGUUCCUACAACAUUGGCCGGGCCUGGAAUAAACCCUGUGAGCAGUGUCCCAUCCCGAGUACAGAUGAGUUUGCUACGCUCUGUGGAAGUCAGAGGCCCGGCUUCGUCAUCGACAUUUACACCGGCUUACCUGUUGAUAUCGAUGAGUGCCGGGAGAUCCCAGGGGUCUGUGAAAACGGCGUGUGUAUCAACAUGGUUGGCAGCUUCCGAUGUGAAUGUCCAGUGGGCUUCUUCUAUAAUGACAAGUUAUUGGUUUGUGAAGAUAUCGACGAGUGUCAGAAUGGCCCGGUGUGCCAGCGCAACGCGGAGUGCAUCAACACGGCGGGCAGCUACCGCUGCGACUGCAAGCCCGGCUACCGCUUCACGUCCACCGGCCAGUGCAACGGCAAGUGGUCCUCCCCCCGGGCCGCCCGCCCCGACGCCGGGGCCCCGGACACGGACACCGGGGGCUCCGGCGCAGGGUUUUCAUUUGAAUUCGUAAGUGCACCAUUUCAGCAGCUGGCCGCCAUCCCCCCAGCGCCGCUGAGAGCUGUGAGAGAGCGGUCAGGUGUCUACGCCCAGGACGCUCGUCUAAGACGCCCUGUCACCCCAGGUAACCACGCGCCCUUCUCUGCUGUUACUAAUCAUGUUUUUCUAUGUCCUUUGUUCCUGCUAGACAUAAACGAGUGUGAGAGAGAUGCCUGUGGGAACGGAACUUGCCGAAACACAAUUGGCUCCUUCAACUGCCGCUGCAAUCACGGUUUCAUCCUUUCCCACAACAAUGACUGCAUAGACGUUGAUGAAUGUGCAACUGGAAAUGGGAACCUGUGCAGAAAUGGCCAAUGCAUCAAUACAGUGGGGUCCUUCCAGUGUCAGUGCAACGAAGGCUAUGAGGUGGCUCCAGACGGGAGGACCUGUGUGGAUAUCAACGAAUGUCUCCUAGAACCUGGAAAAUGUGCACCAGGUACCUGUCAGAAUUUGGAUGGGUCCUACAGAUGCAUUUGUCCACCUGGAUACAGUCUUCAGAACGACAAGUGUGAAGAUAUUGAUGAGUGUGUUGAAGAGCCAGAAAUCUGUGCCUUGGGCACGUGCAGUAACACUGAAGGCAGCUUCAAAUGUCUGUGUCCAGAUGGGUUCUCCUUGUCCUCUACCGGGAGAAGGUGCCAAGAUUUACGAAUGAGCUACUGUUACGCGAAGUUUGAAGGAGGAAAGUGUUCUUCACCCAAAUCCAGAAAUCACUCCAAGCAGGAGUGCUGCUGCGCCCUGAAGGGAGAAGGCUGGGGAGAUCCCUGUGAGCUGUGCCCCACUGAGCCCGACGAGGCCUUCCGCCAGAUCUGUCCCUACGGGAGUGGGAUCAUCGUGGGGCCUGAUGAUUCAGCAGUUGAUAUGGAUGAGUGCAAAGAACCUGAUGUCUGUAAGCAUGGGCAGUGCAUCAACACCGACGGCUCCUAUCGCUGCGAGUGUCCCUUCGGCUACAUUCUGGAAGGGAAUGAAUGUGUGGAUACCGAUGAGUGUUCCGUGGGCAACCCUUGUGGAAAUGGAACCUGCAAGAAUGUGAUUGGAGGUUUUGAAUGCACCUGUGAGGAGGGAUUUGAGCCGGGUCCAAUGAUGACCUGUGAAGAUAUAAAUGAGUGUGCCCAGAAUCCUCUGCUCUGUGCUUUCCGAUGUGUGAACACUUAUGGGUCCUAUGAAUGCAAGUGUCCCGCUGGAUAUGUUCUGAGAGAAGACAGAAGGAUGUGCAAAGAUGAGGAUGAGUGUGAGGAGGGAAAACACGACUGUGCGGAAAAGCAAAUGGAAUGUAAGAACCUCAUCGGCACAUACAUCUGCAUCUGCGGACCUGGGUAUCAGCGGAGGCCUGACGGAGAAGGCUGCGUAGAUGAGAAUGAAUGUCAGACCAAGCCUGGGAUCUGUGAGAACGGCCGCUGCCUCAACACCAGGGGGAGCUAUACCUGCGAGUGCAAUGACGGCUUCACAGCCAGCCCCAACCAGGACGAGUGCCUUGACAACCGGGAAGGGUACUGCUUCACAGAGGUGCUCCAAAAUAUGUGUCAGAUCGGCUCGAGCAACAGGAACCCCGUCACCAAGUCGGAAUGCUGCUGCGACGGAGGGAGAGGCUGGGGACCCCACUGUGAGAUCUGCCCUUUCCAGGGCACUGUGGCUUUCAAAAAACUCUGCCCUCACGGCCGAGGGUUUAUGACCAACGGAGCAGAUAUCGAUGAGUGCAAGGUUAUUCAUGAUGUUUGCCGAAAUGGAGAAUGUGUCAAUGACAGAGGAUCCUAUCACUGCAUCUGUAAAACGGGCUACACUCCAGAUAUAACUGGAACUGCCUGUGUAGAUCUGAACGAGUGCAACCAGGCCCCCAAGCCCUGCAAUUUUAUCUGCAAAAACACAGAAGGGAGCUACCAGUGUUCAUGCCCCAAAGGCUACAUUCUGCAGGAGGAUGGAAGGAGCUGCAAAGAUCUCGACGAGUGUGCAACUAAGCAGCACAACUGCCAGUUCCUAUGUGUUAACACCAUUGGCAGCUUCACAUGUAAAUGUCCUCCUGGAUUUACCCAGCACCACACAGCCUGCAUUGAUAAUAACGAAUGCACCACUGACAUCAACCUGUGUGGGGCUAAGGGCAUUUGCCAGAAUACUCCUGGGAGCUUCACCUGUGAAUGCCAGCGGGGAUUCUCACUUGAUCAGACUGGUGCCAGCUGUGAAGACGUGGACGAGUGUGAAGGAAACCAUCGCUGCCAGCACGGCUGCCAGAACAUCAUCGGGGGCUACAGGUGCAGCUGCCCCCAGGGCUACCUCCAGCACUACCAGUGGAACCAGUGUGUUGAUGAAAAUGAAUGUCUCAGUGCUCACAUUUGUGGAGGAGCCUCCUGUCACAACACCCUGGGGAGCUACAAGUGCAUGUGUCCUGCCGGCUUCCAGUACGAACAGUUCAGUGGUGGGUGUCAAGACAUCAAUGAAUGUGGCUCUUCGCAGGCCCCCUGCAGUUAUGGGUGUUCCAACACUGAGGGCGGCUACCUGUGCGGCUGUCCACCUGGCUACCUCCGAAUAGGCCAAGGGCACUGUGUUUCCGGGAUGGGCAUGGGCCGAGGAAACCCAGAGCCACCUGCCAGCAGUGAAAUGGAUGACAAUUCACUCUCCCCAGAGGCUUGUUACGAGUGUAAGAUCAACGGCUACCCCAAACGGGGCCGGAAGCGGAGAAGCACGAACGAAACAGAUGCUUCCAACAUCGAGGAUCAGCCUGAGAUAGAAGCCAAUGUGAGUCUUGCGAGUUGGGAUGUUGAGAAGACAGCCAUGUUUGCUUUCAAUAUUUCCCACAUCAGUAACAAGGUCCGAAUCCUAGAGCUCCUUCCGGCCCUUACGACUCUGACGAAUCACAACAGAUACCUGAUUGAAUCUGGAAAUGAAAACGGCUUCUUUAAAAUUAACCAAAAGGAAGGGAUCAGCUACCUCCACUUCACAAAGAAGAAGCCAGUGGCUGGAACCUAUUCAUUACAAAUCAGUAGUACUCCACUUUAUAAAAAGAAAGAACUUAAUCAGCUAGAAGAUAAAUAUGACAAAGACUACCUCAGUGGUGAACUGGGUGACAAUCUGAAGAUGAAAAUUCAGAUUUUGCUUCAUUAAUUCACCAUCCAGAGACCAAAUAAUUAAAAAACAAAGAUAGAUAGGUAGAACUGAAUUCCCCCCACCCCAAUCAGAAUCUUCAUAUUAUAGGUACAGUCUUUCACCACGUAAAUUUCUAUAAAUAAGCACUAUUCUUGUAUUACAAAAGCAAGGUACAGGUGACUACCCUAGUUCAAAACAACCACUUUCUCAGGCUUCUCAUGUAUGUAGCUAAGCUACUUUGUCUCAUGUGUUGAUUCUUGAAAACUGGGACGUGUAUUUCCAUUGGGGGUUGGCCAUCCAUGCUGACGUACCAUCCUUCCAGCAGACGUACAGGAAUGUGCUUUCAAUGGAUGGACUGUUCUGUUUUUUUCAAAUUGUAAAACUUUGCUUCUCCAAAUACAAGUAUUAGGUUGGCCAUUUAUACUAUCUAUUUGGUGCUAGUAAAUUCUCAAACUAGAUUUAUAAAUGCACUGUAAUAUUUACACAACUUAGAAACCAAAUUCCAAGUAUUCAGUUCAAAUACUUCAUUAAUUUCAAUCAACCAAAGUUAGUUCAGUAGCUUAUCUCAGUUAUGAGUAUAAUACAUUACAUGUAAAUUAAGUGUGUGUAUACUGUAAUCGUGCUAUUUUUUAUCAUUGAAACAUUUAUAAACUAGAAUAAUAAUGCCCUUAAUGUGAGGGUUUGUAAUGGUGCUUAUUAAGACCAAAGACUUGUUAAAUGUAUACACCAAGUGGUAAUGAAAUUUCUGUGACUGGCCCACACGUGCAUGGAGGUCUAGGAGGACCAGGAAACAGCCUGAGCAACCAGAGGAUCACCAGUGCAUCCUUCGUCACACCUGUGCAAUAUGCCAAGAUUACCCUCGGUCAUUCCUGUCAACAAGGGGUCCAUGUCAUAAAUGUCACAAUAAAACAAUCUCUUUUUUAGUGUA